AAAUCGUUGACGAUCUGAUACCAUAUGACCCCAUCAACCCAAAGCAAACCGAUCCAGAUCAAAAAACCUUGGAAACCAUGCAUCGCGUGCGCCAUCUUCCUAUCUGUUUCCCCGACGCAACCCGACAGCGUCCAGCGCGAGCCCUCCACAUGCGCUAGUCGCCGCCACCAACCAACGCCAACGCGUCGUCAUCAUCACCGGUAGUCCAUCCUCAUUCUCCUUCAAGAACCCGGCCCGGUAGAACAUCGCGACAGCGCCAUGUCUUCUCUCGCUAAGCAGCGCUUCGAUUGAUCUUGAGCUGUUCUGUUUAGUCCGUCGGAGUCGGACCAUCCCUCCAUGGCGCCGGAGGUGAAGGUGCCGCUGCUGGAGGUUAGGGGCGCCACGCCCGCGCAGACGCUGGGGAACAUCGUCGUGUCCAUCGUCGGCACCGGCGUGCUCGGCCUGCCCUUCGCCUUCCGCACCGCGGGGUGGCUCGCCGGCGCCCUCGGGGUCGCCGGCGCCGGCGCCGCAACCUUCUACUGCAUGCUCCUCCUGCUGGAUUGCAGGGACAAGCUGCGGGAGCAAGAAACAGAGGAGGACGGGCUCGGAGAUGAGCGGUGCCGCCAUGGCGAUGGCGGCAACUACACCUACGGGGAUCUGGGCGAGCGAGGCUUCGGCCCCAUCGGUAGGUACUUCACGGAGGCCAUCAUCAUCAUCGGCCAGACCGGCGGCAGCGUGGCCUACCUCGUCUUCAUCGGCCAGAACCUCAGCUCCGUGCUCCCCGCGCUCUCGUCGUCCACGGUAGUCCUGGCAGUCCUGCUGCCCGCCGAGGUCGCGCUCUCGUUCGUCCGCUCCCUCUCCGCCUUGGCGCCCUUCAGCAUCCUCGCAGACGCCUGCACCGUGCUGGCCGUGGCCGCCGUCGUCAAGGAGGACGUCCAGCUGCUGGCCGAGCGCGGGCGGCCGUUCGCCGGCCGGAGCGCGUUCGCGGGCCUCUGGGGCGUGCCGUUCGCCUGCGGCGUCGCCGUGUUCUGCUUCGAGGGGUUCUGCCUCACGCUGGCGCUGGAGGCGUCCAUGUCGAACAGGAGCAGGUUCCGGCCGGUGCUCCUCCAGGCCAUCGUCGGGGUCACUGUCGUCUACGUCGGCUUCGGCGUGUGCGGCUACCUUGCCUAUGGCGACGCCACCCAGGACAUCGUCACCCUCAACCUCCCGGACAACUGGUCUACCGCCGCCGUGAAGGUCGUGCUGUGCGUCGGGCUGGCACUGACGUUCGCGGUGAUGAUGUACCCGAUCCACGAGAUCGUGGAGGCGCGGCUGCUGGCGCCGGGAGGGUGGGUGAGGAAGCGCUGCGGCGGCGUGGUCCAGCGGGCGGCGCUGCACUUGAGCCGCGUGGCGGUGGUGGCGGCGCUGGCCGCGAUAGCGUGCUUCGUGCCGGCGUUCGGGCAGUUCGUCGCGUUCGUCGGGAGCACGGUGUGCGCGCUGCUCUCCUUCGUGCUGCCGGCGCUCUUCCACCUCCGCGUCGUGGGGCCGAGGGCGAGCCCGUGGGCGCGUGCGGUGGACUACUUUUUGUUGCUCUCCGGUCUGGUGUUUGCCGGCCACGGGAUAUAUACAGUCUUGGCACCCAGUGUCAAUUACUAGAAAUGGUCAUCAAUUUCGUACAGUACAUACCAAAAAAAAUGGAGGUGCUACACGUCAGCCCAAGGAUUUUUUUGAUAAGAUCCAUCACCCCUAAGCCGUCGGAUCUUACGAAUUGAUGACAGAGCGUCAUCAUAUACCAUUACAACAUAGAUUGUGUUGCAGAGACCGGAUCGUUUUACAACAAUUUUUAGAACAUAUGUUAAGUUGUAAAAAAAAUUGUAAUAUAGAUCUAGCUAUAUUUUUUCCUUUCAAUAGAGUUCUUGUCGAAGAAUUUUUUUGACAAAAGUCUUGUUACAGAAAUUUUACAGAAGUCAAAAAAAUUACAGAAAUUUGUCA